AUGAAGAGUCAAUUCGCUUUCCUCGUCGCCUUUUUGGCUAGUUAUGUUCUUGCAAUCCCUAAUCUCCGUAGUGUGCUUGGUCUUGAGAAGAGACAAGCUGGACGAUGUGGUACGGGAUUUGGAGGAGUUUGUGCUGCUGGUGAAUGCUGUUCUAGCGCUGGUUGGUGUGGAACUGGAUACCUCUACUGCUCUGCCCCAUCAUGCCAAAUCGAGUACGGUCCUGGCUGCGAUGCAAACGUGAAACCCAAGGGACCAGACACCACAAACGUUGCUCGCCCAAAGAUUGGAAGUAUUCCCUACGGCCAAGCUAUCUAUCGCUGUAAUCGUAAUGGGGAUAUUGCUUUGACAUACGAUGACGGCCCAUACACCUACACUGAAGAUCUUCUCGAUCUCCUCCAAACGUACAACGUCAAAGCAACUUUCUACAUCACAGGCCGCAACCUAGGCAAAGGCGCAAUCAACGACGCAGCAACACCCUGGCCCAGCCUCAUCCGCCGCAUGGUCCGCGACGGCCACCAAAUCGCCUCCCACACCUGGUCCCACCAACGUCUCACAACUCUAUCCCGCUCUAAAUUCUGGAACCAGAUGAUCUUCAACGAGAUCGCCUUUGCAGAUAUCCUAGGCUACUUCCCUACCUACAUGCGUCCCCCUUACUCAGCCAGCAACGCUACCACCGAUGCUUGGCUGGGUGAACUAGGAUAUCAUGUUACGUACUUUAACCUGGAUACCGAGGGAUAUUUGCAUGAUAGUCCGAAUACUAUCGGUACAUCCAAACAAAUCUGGGAUUCUACCGUUGAGGGCAAGAGUCCUGCUAGUAACAAGUGGCUUCACAUCGAGCAUGAUCCCGUGUAUCAAACCGUGUACAAUCUCACAGAGUACAUGCUCAAGUCGCUCAAGCGCAACAACUUCCGCGGGGUAACAGUCGGCGAAUGUCUUCAAGACCCCAAAGAAAACUGGUAUCGCCAAGUGACACCCAGCUCAGCCUCAACGACUACGACAGCCGCCAUGAGCUCCGCAACAUUUCCAUUGACGACAAAUGGCCGCUGCGGAUCUCGCCACGGGGGCGCAACGUGCAGAGGCGAAUUCAACGGGGAAACGUGCUGUUCGCAGAACGGAUGGUGCGGCAGUACAGAUGCGCACUGCGGAAGAGGAUGUCAGCCUGUCUUUGUCAGUCACUACAUCACAUGA